AUGCCGGUGGGCCGAAACAGCCGAGGCUGGACCCGGUGGAGGGAAAAAAAAGAGAAAAAAAAAAAAAAAGAGACAGAGAAAGAGAGAGACAAGGGAGGACGAGGAGGAGGAGGGGAGGAAGGAGGUGGGGAAAGACCUGCUCUCAUUGCCAGGCUCGGCAGCAGCCUUGGCCGCGGCUGCAGGAGCCACUCUCCCAACUUGGCGGCCUCCAGGGUGAGGGCAACGACCCAGGGACCCCCACCUCACCGCCCAGGCCUGGCAGCCCUGGGGACCCGAGCUCCUGCUCAUCCCCUGGCCGGUGCAGCCGAAAGCGGCCUGACGCCAGCCCCACCGGUGCCCCGGGGCUCACAGACCGCCGUGCCCCCGGGGCGGGGAUUUGGCGUGCCCCCCGAAUGCCGCCGGGAUGCCCGGAGCAUCGCUUUGCUAGCGCGGAGCCCGGCUCUGCUCCUGAACAUCGCCGCCGGCGGCUCUCGGCGUGAGCGGGCGGGUGGCCCUUUCCCCGCAGUGGGAUGGCCCCCGCCGCCCCGUGAGGGUCCGGGCCUCCCCGCCGGCGCCCGCCGGGUGGGGGCUCGCCGCCGCCCCGCCAUGCUGCUGGGCCCCUGGCUGGUGGCGGCGGCGGCGGCGGCGGCGGUAGCGGCGGGCGCCGGGGCGGGCUGCCCGGUGCUGUGCACGUGCCGUGGGCAGGCGGUGGACUGCAGCGGGCAGCGGCUCUUCUCGGUGCCCCCCGAGCUGCCGCUGGACACCGGCAACCUCAGCCUGGCCCACAACCGCAUCGCCAGCAUCCCGCCGGGCUACCUGGCCUGCUACGGCCAGCUGCGCGCCCUCGACCUGCGCAACAACUCGCUGGCGGCCCUGCCGGCCGGGCUCUUCCUGGGGGCUCGCCGCCUGGCCCACCUCGACCUCAGCUACAACAACUUCAGCCUGGUGGCGGCCGACAUGUUCCUGGAGGCCAGCGGGCUGCUGCGCCUCGACCUCAGCCACAACCCCGGCCUGCGGCGGGUGCACCCCCAAGCCUUCCGGGGCCUGGCCCAGCUGCGGGAGCUGGAUCUCAGCUACGGGGGGCUGUCGGCCAUCAGCCUCGACGCCCUGGAGGGGCUGCCGGGGCUGGUGGGGCUCCGCCUGGGGGGCAACCCCUGGGUGUGCGGCUGCGCCAUGGAGCCCUUCCUCAAGUGGCUGCGGGGACGCAUCCAGCGCUGCGCAUCGGAUUCACAGCUGGCCGAGUGCCGGGCCCCCCCCGAGGUGGCGGGAGCCCCCCUGCUCUCCCUGACGGAGGAGAGCUUCCAGGCCUGCCACCUCACCCUGACGCUGGACGACUAUCUCUUCAUCGCCUUCGUCGGUUUCGUCGUCUCCAUCGCCUCGGUGGCCACCAACUUCUUGCUGGGCAUCACCGCCAACUGCUGCCACCGCUGGAGCAAGGCCAGCGAGGACGAGGACGUUUAGGUACCACCACCGUCGCUGACGUCCCCCCGACCCGGCCACCCCGGCGGGGACGCCUGACUGUGCCUUGUCCUCGUCCCCUCCCGCCACCCCCCGUGCCAGGGUGGCCCUCGAGAUGCCAGCCCGGCUGUUGUGGGGGAGACUGGGGGAUGGAUCCCCCUCCUUUUGCCCCCAAAAGGGGAGUUUUUGCUCCAGCAGGCACCUGCCAGGAUUGCCACCCCCCAGCACCGUGAGCUUGGACCCCCAUGAGCUUGGAUCCCCCCAUUCCUGCUACCCAGGGCCAGCGGAGGCAGCGGCAUAGGGUCCCACGGGGGGGUCCCAUGGGAGCCUCCGUGCAGUGCUGCUCAGUGGGGGCCGGGGCUGCAGCCGGGGAGCAACAACCCCCCGCUUGGGAGAGAGCCCCCUGAAAGGAGCAUGCGUGUGCCUUGUGGGCUGCCAGCCGCCCGCCCUGGGGGGAAACCAAGAAAAUCCCCGCUUUCAGCCCAAAAGCAGCACCAGUGGAGUCCCCCCCAAAUCCUGCCCACACUCUCCAGCCUCCUCAAAAAGUGAGGGGGGCCAAGCCCAGGAGCCGGUGCCAGCACCCAGCUCAGCACCACCACUCCCGCAGGAGGGACCCGGGGGACGCCUGCACCUUGCCGGUGACAGCGGGCCAUGCCAGGACAGCACCGGGGACGUCGUGCCGGGCAGCAGGCCAGGCUGCGAGCAUCUCCCAGGGACAGCUCUCCCAGCCACGUUUCGGUCCUUGCCUUUCUCCUCUAAAGUCUCGCGCAGGUUUGGGGCCAAACCAGGCACCGAGCGCUGCUCGGCAGCUGGGGGACCCCAUCGCCUCAUCCCUGCUUGCCGCUGUAGGAAGGUUGGGAGGCGAAAGGAAUGCCCCAAAAAAGACAGAAAAGAAAACAAAGAAAAAAAAAACAGAAAGCCAACGAGCCCUCUGUCCAGCUGGGGCAGCCACGGUCCCUGUGCGUGUGUUUUACACCGUCUUCGCAGCCGGUUCUGUGGCCAGCGCGUGUCGGGCUGAGGGGGGCUCAGCACCUCCCAAGAAGGGUCUGCCCGUGAGUUGUUUUAUUUUCUUACCACAUUUCCCCCUGCGUGGAGGUAGAGUGUAGAUGUGGGUGCAGUUUAAAACCAAACUAACCAAAAAAAAAAAGAAAACUGGGAAAAAUGAGGCAAUAUGCUGGCUUGGUGAUGCCACCCCCACCACCGAGCAUCUCCCAGGGCUGGGACCCCUGGUAGCAGUGUGGAGGCAAAAGGCUGGGUGCACAAAUCACUGUAACCUCCCCACCCCCCCCAUGCCAUGGUAAGACCCCUUGGGACAUGGCCUCGGGCCCCUCCCCAGGUCCUGUGCCAAACCUGAGAGAGGCAGCUGUCCUGCGACGGGCCACCCUGAGCUGCAGUGAGGCAGGGCUGCACCCGUGGGGAGGUGGGACCCACAGCAAGGCUAUGCCCAUGGUGAGGCUGCGCCCAAGGCGAGGCUGCACCCAUGGUGAGGCUGCACCCAU